AUGGUUUCUAUGCAGAAGUGGCUAGAGAAAGCUCUGUUGCUAAGACAAAAGCGCACUAAAGCUGCUCUUGCUAAAACGCCUCCAUCAGCUGGAACCAGGGUGCCGGUGGAGCAAAAGACUGGUAGGAGAUAUUCGGGCAGUUUGCCAAAUGUGAAGUCCGCAAACAACUUCUCCUCCGUCAAGUCGAAUGCAUCUUCCUAUGCAGGUGUACAAAGGAAGUUGGAGAUGAAUUUUCAGUUUCAGGAUGAGCAGAAAUAUUCUAAGAGCACUUUGAAGCAACCACCAAGAUACCGACCACCUGUUAAGAAUGGUCCAGCUUCCACCUUUAUGGGGAAGACUCGUGGAGUUUCUGAUACAGCUGAGAAGUUUUCAAACAUGACCAUUGGAUCUGGAAAACCGUCUUUAAAGUCACAGCAGCCUCCACCCAUGAAGGCUGGAGGAUGGCACGGGCAAUCUGAUUUGUUCCUUGGACGAUCUCAAGAGAUGCUUCCCGGAAGAACUUUCACCAGGAAAGUGGCAGGAUGAAGACAUCUAAAAAAAUGGAUUUUGGUGUUUAGUAGUCUGAAUAAUGUGGUGUUGUGUGCUUACUUUUUAAGUCUUGUCUUAUUUGGGGGCUGAAAUAAAGAGUCAACCGUCCGUUUGAUGAACAUGGUACAAAACUAUUAUGACUGCAGUACUGGUUUUGUAAUGCCGUCCUGUGUUUAGUUCUUGUUGCCGUUUGGUCCUCUGAGGUACAGUGUGUUCAUUCUCUGCUGGUUGCAUUCUGUCAAAACCUUGGAAUAAAGAAAUAUAUUACUGUUCCUUUAUUGAUGGG